AUGGAUAGGAGCAGAACUCCAGCUUCCCAGAGGAAGAGGCAGAAAGGGAUGCAUUCCCCCAAAUUUUCCUGCAGUUAUGAAAUAAAGUUCAAUAACUUUGUAAUUUUUAUUAUGCAGAGGAAGAUGGGGAUCACCAGAAGGACAUUUUUGAUGGAGCUGGCAAGAAGCAAAGGUUUCAGAGUAGAAAGUGAACUAAGUGAUUCUGUCACUCACAUUGUGGCUGAGAACAACUCUUAUCCAGAAGUGCUGGACUGGCUGAAAGGACAGGCUGUGGGUGACAGCUCCAGGUUUGAAUUACUGGAUAUUUCAUGGCUCACAGCCUGCAUGGAAGCAGGAAGACCAGUUGAUUCAGAAAUGAAGUAUCGCCUCAUGGAACAAGCAGAUCGGUUUCCUACUUUGAAUACGCCUGAAUCAGAAGUGCCAUCAUUCACUGCAAGCAAAGUAUCUCAGUAUUCGUGUCAAAGGAAAACAACUUUAAAUAACUGCAACAAGAAAUUCACAGAUGCCUUUGAGAUAAUGGCUGAAAAUUAUGAAUUCAGAGAAAAUGAAAUAUUUUGUCUGGAAUUUCUAAGAGCAUCUUCUGUGCUGAAAUCUCUUCCAUUUCCAGUAACCAGAAUGAAAGAUAUACAAGGGUUGCCCUGCAUGGGAGAUCAAGUCAGAGAUGUUAUUGAGGAGAUUAUUGAAGAUGGAGAGAGUUCUAGAGCUAAAGAUGUGUUAAAUGAUGAACGAUACAAAUCAUUUAAGCAAUUUACUUCAGUCUUUGGAGUGGGUGUGAAGACGUCUGAAAAAUGGUUCAGAAUGGGUUUACGAACUCUGGAAGAGGUAAAAGCUGACAAGACUCUGAAGCUGUCAAAAAUGCAGAGAGCAGGGUUUCUCUACUAUGAGGACCUUGUUAGCUCUGUAUCUAAAGCAGAAGCAGAUGCAGUAAGCUUGAUUGUCAAGAAUACUGUGUGCACGUUUCUACCAGAUGCUUUAGUUACCAUAACUGGUGGUUUCAGAAGGGGUAAGAAGAUUGGACAUGAUAUUGAUUUUUUGAUCACCAAUCCAGGACCAAGAGAAGAUGAUGAACUUCUGCAUAAAGUUGUUGACUCAUGGAAAAAGCAGGGCUUACUUCUGUAUUGUGAUAUCAUUGAAUCAACAUUUGUAAAGGAACAGAUACCAAGCAGAGAAGUUGAUGCCAUGGAUCAUUUUCAAAAAUGUUUUGCAAUUUUAAAAUUAUACAAGCCAAGAAUAGACAACAGCAAUUACAAUAUGUCAAAAAAAUUUGAUAUGGCAGAAGUCAAAGACUGGAAGGCAAUCCGUGUGGAUCUGGUCAUAACCCCGUUUGAGCAAUAUGCAUAUGCUUUGUUAGGCUGGACAGGCUCCAGGCAAUUUGGACGUGAUUUGCGAAGGUAUGCUACUCAUGAAAGGAAGAUGAUGUUGGAUAACCAUGCCUUAUAUGACAAAAGAAAGAGGAUCUUUCUCAAAGCUGGAAGUGAGGAAGAAAUCUUUGCACAUCUUGGCUUGGAUUACGUCGAACCGUGGGAAAGGAAUGCUUAAAGUGAUUUGCCAGUGUGCCUUCAUCAGUUGACAGCAAUGGUCCUUCUGCCUAUCUUGCAGUCUGAUUUAGAUACAUAUAUAUUACAUGUCUCUAAGACAAAAAUUUAACAGUUUAAGUACUUCAGAAUCCUUUCCAGUCUUUCCAGUUUUAGUCUUUGAUUUUUCUUCAUAGGAUGACAAAGAGGAGGUAGAGCUUGUGGAUUUUUUUUUUUUUUUUUUCCAGGGGAAAACUUCUAACUUGUGAGAUUUUUGCUUGUAACAGAAACUUCAAAUUUCUGUGAAUAAUGCUUUUUAAAAUAUUGUCAGCUACGACAGUACCUAAAUAAUACAAAACAUUUCAGCUGAGUCCAAAAAU